AUGGACUACGGCGUCUUAAAUAAGCUACGUCUGGAAGGGAAGCUGUGUGACGCGGUGAUCGAGGUCAGCGGCACAAGGUUUAGCGCUCACAAGGCCAUCCUGUGCACCAGCAGCUCUUACUUCUGCUCGGUGUUCACCGGCAGCGUCCAUGCGGAACAGCAGGAGCACAGCGUCCCCGGCGUGUCGGCGGACACCAUGAGGCUCCUCAUCGAGCACGUCUAUGGCCAGGACCUCGAGGUCACCGAGGCCAACGUGGCGCCCCUCCUGGAGGCCGCGGUGGGCCUGGGCUUCCCGCGCGCGGCCCGCGCGUGCUUCGACUUCCUGGAGGCCCGGCUGCGCCCGGGGAACUGCGUGGGGAUCUGGAGCGCGGCCGCCCCCUGCCCCGGCCUGAGGCUCCGUGCGUACGGCUUCAUCCUGCGCCACUUCGCCGAGGUGGGCCGCACCUCCCCGGAGAUCCUGGGGCUGCCCCUGCCGCAGCUCUGUCGCAUCGCCGGGGACGACGAGCUCAACGUCAAGGAGGAGAGCGUGGUGUUCGACGUGAUACUCCGCUGGAUCGCGCACUGUCCCUCAGAGCGGGAAGCCUACAUCUCUGUGCUGUUGCCCAAGGUGCGGAUGUCCUUCCUGGAUCCCGACUACUUCCGGCACAACGUGAUGGAGAACCCGGUGGUGAAGGAGAGCAAGGAGUGCCGGGACCUGCUCAUGAAGACCAGAAGGUUCCUGCAGAACCGCUUGGUGACCAGGCUCUUCAGCUCCUUCACCAGCACCCAGCACUUCCUCCCGCGGCUCCCCCACGCCGUCCUGCUGGCCGUGGGGGGCUGGAGCGAACACGGCUACGUCGCCGCCCUGGAGUCGUACGACGUGCGGGCCAACUGCUGGGUCGGCGUGCCGCAGGACCGCGAGGAGCCCCGGGUCUACCACGGGGCGGCCUACCUCGGCGGCUUCGUGUACUGCGUCGGGGGCCGCGGCGAAGACCAGUUCUUCAGCAGCGUGCGCAGGAUGGACGUGGCGACGCUGGAGUGGCGCGAGGCCGCGCCCAUGCACCAGCGCCGCGCCUACGUGAGCGUGGCCGUGCUGGGCGGGCGGCUCUACGCCAUGGGCGGCUUCGACGGGCACGUCGGCCACAGCACGGCCGAACGCUACGAGCCCGAGACCAACCAGUGGAGCUACAUCCAGCCCAUGAACGAGCAGAGGAGGGACGCUAGCGCCGCUACGCUACACGGCAAGGUGUACAUCUGUGGGGGCUUCAAUGGACAGGAGUGUGUCUUCACUGUAGAGUGCUACACCCCCCAGACGGACUACUGGACCCUGAUCACCCCCAUGAACAGGCGUCGCAGCGGGCUGGGUGUGGUGGCAUAUGGAGAGGAGAUCUAUGCGUUGGGCGGCUUCGACGGGACCGGCCGGCUCCGCUGCGUGGAGGCGUAUUCCCCGCCGGCGGACCGCUGGCGCACCGUGCGCGGAAUGCCCAAGGCCUGCAGCAACUUCGGCCUGGGCGUGCUGGACGACCAGCUGUUCACCGCCGGCGGUCUGGAGACCUUCGCCAGCACGGACUGCGUGAGGAGCUACAAUGAGACCACCGGCAGGUGGAGCAAAUUCAAGAGGAUGAAGUACUCCAGAGGGGCCCUAAGCUGCUGCGUGGUGUCUGACCUGCCAAAUAUAACCCAGUAUACCGCACCCCGAAAACAGUACAUCACCUCGCACCCAAACUAA